AUGUUCCGCCGCUACGCCCUCGGCUUCUCGAGCGUGGGACGCCAGCUCUCGACCAUGAGCUCCAGCACGCCCAUGGAGGAUGCCAUUCGCGCCAAGAUCAUGGCGGCGCUCAACCCGCAGACGCUCGAGAUUUACAAUGACUCGCACCUGCACUCACACCACAAGGCCAUGCAGGGCGUCACCUCCAAGGAGACUCACUUUAGACUAGUCAUCACGUCCACCGCCUUCCAGUCCAAGAUGCAGCCCGCCCGCCACCGCAUGGUCUACGCCCUGCUGCGCGACGAGAUGGCCCAGGAGAACGGCAUCCACGCCCUCCAGCUGCGCACCCUGACGCCCGACGAGGAGGCCCGCCAGAAGAAGAAGGAGGCUGACGCCGCCGCCGCCAAGGCAGCCAAGGAUGGAGAAACUGCCCCGGCCGCCGGCGAGCCGUGA